AGGGGGGAGGGGUUGCAACCCCUCUCUCAGCUGCUGUGCGUGUCCGCGGCCACCAGGUGGCGGUGCGAGUCCGUCCCUCGUACCUGCGGGACAGCAAAGAGGCGGCGCGGCGUUGAGACGGGACAGGCGAUCGCGCGCAGAGAGAGAGAGAGAGAGAGAGAGAGAGAAAAAAAUCAGCUUCGUUGCUUACUCCACGUGACUGGGGGGAAGAGCGAGGGGCGUUUGGACCGACCGCUGUGUGUGAGCUAAAGGAAGCCGGGAUUUGCCAGAUUGUCCUCUCGGGCUCGAAACAUGCGGCAGAGAUGAUAACGGAACCUGAGACAUCAACCAAAGCUCCGUUCAAAAUAGAGAACGGAAGCCACUUCGAGCCCGAUAACGACCUCGAGAACCGGGAUGGGAAACCUCACAAAAGAGGAAACGGAUGCAGAAGGGACACAUCUCCGAGGAGGAAGAGACAAAGGGAGCAGCCUGAGCCGGUCAGGAGGAGAAGCUCUGAGACCAACCAGGGCCGAAGGAACGGGCAGCACGGACAGAGUGUGGAAGUGGAAGCCGUAACCCUGUUUGAAGUGAUCAGAGUGGGCAAGAGUGCCAUGCAGUCUGUGGUGGACGACUGGAUUGAAGAGUACAAACAAGACAGAGACACUGCACUCCUGGAUAUUAUCAUCUUCUUUAUUCAGUGCUCGGGAUGUAGAGGGAUGGUCACGGCUGAGGUCUUUCAGAACAUGCACAACCCUGACAUCAGGAGAAGAAUGACCGAAGAAUUUGAUGAGGAUGCGGGUUUACAAUACAAGAAGUUCAUGGUCUACCCCUGGAUCCUGACUGUUACCUGGCCUCUGGAACUGGACAGCGGGAAUUACCCGCUGACAAUGCCAGGGCCCUACUGGAAGAAGUUCAGGUGUAAUUUCUGUGAGUUCCUCUGGGUGUUUAUCCGUCGAUGUGAGUACAGCCUUGUCUAUGACGAGUACCUGAUGGACACGGUGGUCUCCCUGCUGACCGGUCUCUCGGACUCCCAGGUCCGUGCUUUCCGACACACCAGUACGCUCGCAGCCAUGAAGCUGAUGACAGCCUUGAUCAACGUGUCUCUGAAUGUUAGAGUCCAGCUGGACAACACUCGACGGCAAUGGGAGGCCGAGAGAAACAAGGUGACGGGCAACAGGACCAACCAGAGACUGGAGGCACUUUUACACAAGAAAGAGGAGCUCAUAGAAAAACGAGACAACAUAGAAAAUCUGACAAAUGCCAUUUUCAAGGGAAUCUUCCUACAUAGAUAUCGUGAUGCGUUGCCCGAGAUCCGAGCUAUUUGUAUUGAAGAAAUAGGCGUUUGGAUGAAAAGUUGCAGCGGUGGAUUCCUGAACGACAGCUACUUAAAAUACGUUGGGUGGACUCUGCACGACAAGCAAAGCGAUGUGAGAUUGAAGUGUCUGCUUGGAUUACUGGGGCUCUACUGUGACAAAGAGUUUUGCUCAAAGAUGGAACUUUUCACUAGUCGUUUCAAGGACAGAAUCAUCUCAAUGACACUGGACACAGAGAGCGAAGUGGCCGUGCAAGCAAUAAAAGUGCUAACUCUCAUGUUACAGAACUGUGAGGAGGUGUUAACCUCGGGGGAUUGCCAGCGACUGUGUCACCUGGUUUACUCGGCUCACAAGCCUGUGGCUGUGGCAGCCGGUGAAUUUCUCCACCGCAAGCUGUUCUGUAGCACAGAAUCGGAACUGGAAGAAGAAACCGACAGAAGGAAAAGGAAAUUUAUCCACAACAGUAAACACAUCACAACUCUGGUACGGUUCUUCCUGAAGAGUGAGUGGCACGCACAUUCAGCUUACCUGGUGGACAGCCUGUGGGAGUGUUCUGCACACGCACUGAAGGACUGGGAAGCCAUGACGGGCCUGUUACUGGAUGACCCCGACCUGCAGGACGAUGCUUUAACAGAGUGUGAGGAGAAGGCAGUGCUGGAGAUAAUGUUGAGCACUAUUUGUCAGGCGGCUGAAGGCCGUCCUCCUGUGGGCAGAUGUUCAGGGAAAAAGGUCCUAACCGCCAAGGAAAGGAAAACUCAGCUGGAGGACCGUGCCAAGCUGACCCAACACUUCAUCGUGGCUCUUCCCCAGCUCUUAGCAAAGUACUCUGCGGAGGGAGGAAUGGUGAUUCAUCUCCUUCAGGUGCCUCAAUACUUUGACCUGGAGAUUUACAGCACGGCCAGUCUCGAGAAGCAUCUGGACACGCUGCUGAAGCAGAUGAAGGAGAUUGUGGAGGGGCACACAGACCCUGACGUGCUGGAGAUGUGCUCCAAGACCUACCUGGUCCUCAGUAACCAGGAGAUGGCCAGCCACAACCGCGUUGACGUCGCCAAGACCCAACUCAUUGACCAGCUGGCAGACAAGUUUAACAAACUGCUGGCGGACUUUCUCCAGGAGGGAGACAACUUUGAUGAUGAGCAUUCUUACCAGAUGUCGUCCACAUUGAAGCGACUGGCAGUUUUCCACAACGCUCAUGACUUAACAAAAUGGAAUCUAUUCAACGGCACGUGUGACCUGCUGAAGGCCGGUGCAGAGAACCGAGACGUGCCUGAACAGGUCAUUGUGCAGGCGAUGAGGUGCUCCUAUUAUCCCCUCCUGUGGCAGUUAACUAAAGUAUUGGAAGAUAUUCCCUGCAAGAGCCUCCAGGUGUCACUGCAGCAACAGGUGACGGAUUUCUGUCAGGUCUGUAGGGAGUAUCUGAGCAACACCAGCAUUGUGGUUCAGGAGCAGGCUUUUGUGGUGCUGUGCGACUUGUUGAUGGUUUUCAGCCAUGAGGUUGUGGGCAGUGAGCAGUUGCCGUACCUGCCAGAGGCGUCUCUACAGUCUGAGCUCCUGGCCUUUGUACUGAAGCACGUCUUUGGAGAGCAGCAAGAGGAGAGCCACAGCGCAGAUGGGGAGCGUCAGGUGGAGGCGCUGCACAGAAGGAGGAAUCUCCUGGCCGCCUUCUGUAAGCUGCUGGUGUACAGGAUCCUGGAUAUGGAAAUCGCUGCCCACAUCUUCAAACACUACAUCAAGUAUUACGUGGAGUACGGAGACAUCAUUAAGGAGACGCUGGGAAGGACCAGGCAGGCGGACAAGCUGGGCUAUGCAAGGACCUUGAUUCGCAGCCUGAAGCAGUUGUUUGCUGAGGUGGUGCGAGAGCGCGGGCACAUCCCGGGCCGCCGGUGUCCCGGGUUCGUCGCCAUCAAGGACCUGGCCAGACGCUUCUCGCUGACAUUCGGCCUCGAUCAGCUGAAGACCAGAGACGCCAUGGCCAUGUUACACAAGAACGGCAUUGAAUUUGCCUUCAAAGACUCCGGUGAGAAGGGGCCACACGAACCUCCUCCUAACGUGGCCUUCCUGGACAUUCUGUGCGAAUUCUCCCCCAAACUGAUCAGGACAGACAAGAGAACCGUAUAUAACUACCUGGAGAGGUUCAUCACAGCCCCGAUGGCAGUGAAGGGGGGGGACGUCUGGCUGCCUGUGAUGUUAUACAGAAGUUCCCUGUUGGAGAGCAGGGAGGAGGAUUCCAUAUUAACAGACGGCAGCGAUCAGAACCCUCUCACUCCCGUGCGUCAGACAGUCAGGCCCAACGCUGUGAGAGACGGCGCUGGGGGUUGGGGGCCGAGUGAGGAGGGGCCGAGCAUGGGGACAUCGGCCGCCAGAGAGUGUCUGAGCAGCCGCUGGGAAUCUCACACAGAGACGGCAACGCUCCCCGGGGAUUCAAUCCUGCCCCACAACAGAGAGAUUGAGACCACACGAAUGGGAAAUGGACCAACAGGAGAGGACGGAGCAAAGCCGACCGAGGGUGACUGCGAAGAUGUGAAUGAAAUUGUGGACAUCGACGGCUAUUGAUGAGAAGCUGGGCCAAGGAGAUGGCGUCAAGCAAAUUUACCUCAGGACUUUGGAGGGCGGGGGGGGUGGGGGCGUGUUGUGAAAAUGCCAGCACUGCCAGGGCCAGAUACCCUCUCGGUGGUGGGGGAGAGGGGGGGGAAAGGACUUCAAUGGAACAGAUCGCGAUCGGUUGUGAUGGCUGCAAUGUAAAGAGAGAAGGGAGGCAUUGGUCACAGUCGUUCGCGCAGAAUCUGCAUAAAUAAUAAUAAUGAUAAUAUUAAUAACCCUUUGCAUUCG